AUGGCAGAGAUGUUGGACAAAAUACUGGCCAUGAAGCUCGUCCACCAAAAAGACAAAGAUGGAAGGACUCCACUUCAUUGUGCAGCCUCGAUUGGAUAUCUUGAGGGAGUUCAAAUGCUGUUACGCCAAUCUAACUUUGAUCUAUAUCAAACGGACUCUGAUGGCUUCUGUCCCAUCCAUGUUGCAUCUAGGGGAGGCUAUGUGGACAUUGUCAAAGAGUUGCUCCAGUUUUCCCCCGACUCAGGAGAGUUGCCAAGCAAACACGAGGGUAGGAAUUUUCUUCAUGUGGCAGCCAGGCAUGGAAAAGACGAUAUAGUCGAUUUUGUGCUCAAAAGGGAGGGGCUUGAGAACCUUAUAAAUGAGAAGGACAAUUAUGGAAACACGCCUCUGCAUUUGGCUACCUGGCAUAAACAUGCUAAGGUCGUACACUAUUUAACAUGGGAUAAAAGAGUUGAUCUGAAUCUUGUGAAUGAAGAAGGCCAGACUGCUUUGGACAUUGCAGAAUCAAUGAUGGAUAAAUUGAGAAUGCGCCAGGUAUAUCUAUAUGAUGAUUGCAUCUCGUUUUCUGAAUGAUGGUACCACUAUUAGUUUCGCCCUCCAACUGCAUGCCAUGAUUAAGAAAUUAGAAUGACUCAUCCAUGCAUUGUUACGGUGCUAUGGCAUUUUCCUUCUUAGAUGCAUGUGAAUUAUUAUAAGGAUGAGGACGACGCAUACAUUUGGUUUUCCUUCUACUCAUGAUUACAUUAACAGGAACUUUUUCUCUACCACGCAGACACUAAUUGGUAUAGCACUCAUGUCUGCUCGUGCACAACGAGCUCCAAAAUCAAAGGUCAAACGAAGUGGAUCUGCUGAUGCACAACCACCUCCAGAAUCGAAGGUCCCACCAAGUGGAUCUGCUGGUGCACAACCGCCUCCAGAAUCAAAGGUCCCACCAAGUAGACGUCCUAAACUAUCUGAUCCUACGAAGGAGUACAAGGACAUGACAAACACUCUUUUGUUGGUUUCGACCCUUGUUGCCACAGUGACAUUUGCUGCUGGUUUUACCAUGCCAGGUGGCUACAACAGCUCUAACCCAAAUGCCAGCAUGGCUACCUUGCUGAUGAGAAAUAUGUUCCAUGUAUUCGUGAUCUGCAAUACCAUUGCUAUGCAUACCUCCAUCCUCGCGGCAAUCACCCUCAUCUGGGCACAUUUACAUGAUACCUUUUUAUUUAAUAUUUCCAUCCAGUGGGGCUUGGCAUUCUUGGGGCUGGCCGUUAUUGCAAUGUCCUUGGGCUUCAUGGCAAGUGUUUACCUGGCGGUCAGUAAUCUUCAUUGGCUCGCAAUUGUUGUUUUAAUUAUUGGAAUCAUCUGCCUUGUCGGUCUCUUAAUACCCUUACAUUUACUCUUUCUCCCAGAUAGCUCUACUAAUUGUAUCGUUAGGUACAUCUCCUAUUAUCCGUUUCUUAUACUGGUAUGGGCAUCUAGCCCCAAAAUCAAACGGAAAGAUUAGCUCGCUCUGUUGA